GGUUGUAAAAAUUCUUACCUGCUAUGAGGCGAAUUCCAAAUAUAAAGACUUGACACAUAAACAACAGAAAGAAUAAAACAAGCACUAAUCGAGCUUAUACAUGGGAAAUUCUCUACAGGGAUGCCAGCCAUGCUUGCAAUCUAGUCACGUGACACACAUACUAGCUCCUGAUUGGUCAAUUGGGCUUCCGUCUACUGACUGACUUUUAUGAAGGGACCACGGAACGAGAAAAUGGCUGCUAUGGUUGGUGUUGCUGUCUCCUUUGUUUGAAAAAUUAACUUUAUAUUUGCAUUGUACUGACUGUAAAAUGCCGAGUGCUACAUUUAGUUCAUCACGAUCCUACGUUCGGCGAUCCCGGAGAAAAGGUGCUAAUAGGAUUCCUCUUCCAUCUAGAACCAGUUCAGUAGAACCAUGUGAGCCGCCUUGCCCUCCGAUGCCCAACGCCAAUGAGAUUAUGCAUGCACACACAGCCAGUGCCAGUGCCAGUGCCAGUACCAGCGGAACGUCAGCAUCUCCCUCGGCUCCUCCCCCUUGUCACCACCCCCCCUAUGACCUCCGCCGCAAGUCUCCACCUUACCAUGACAGCAACACUCCCAGCACCAGUUCUCCUCCCCAACCCUUCAAUCACACAUACACGAUGUUACCUGCCAGGAAACGUCCCCGUCGCACCACAUCAUCAUCUACUGAAACAGUGUCAGGGUGUGGGACGCCGGCCGCCCACUACCUGCAGUACGAGCUCCCAGAUGAGGUGUUGCUCACUAUCUUCAGCUACCUCCUGGAGCAGGACUUGUGUAGAGUCAGUCAGGUCUGCAAACGCUUCCAUGGCAUUGCCAAUGACAAUGAAUUAUGGAAAACAUUGUUCCACAACGUAUACGAGUAUGACUUGCCGUUGUUCAACCCAGCGCAGUGUCGGUUUGAGUUUGUUCCGCCAGAGGAGAGUGAGCAUGCCAACCCGUGGAAGGAGAGUUUCCGCCACCUGUACCGUGGAGUGCAUGUCCGCCCAGGCUACCAGGGAGUGGCGCGUCAGGGCCGUCGCAUCGCUCACUUUGACACUGUGCAGGCAGCACUAGACCACGUGGACGACUUUACUGGUGGAUCACUCAUCUUCCUCCACGCUGGAACUUACCGAGGAGAAUUCCUCGUCAUAGACUCAGAUGUUGCAAUCAUUGGUGCUGCGCCUGGUAAUGUAGCAGAAUCGGUUAUUCUAGAAAGAGAAUCCGAGUCAACCAUGAUGUUUGUUGAGGGUGCAAAGAAUGCGUACGCUGGACACCUGACAUUGAAAUUCUCUCCAGACGUAACAUCAACUGUACCUCAUAACAAACACUAUUGUCUAGAAGUUGGUGAAAAUUGUAGUCCCACAAUUGAUCACUGUAUUAUCCGUAGUUCGUCUGUUGUGGGAGCGGCUGUGUGUGUGACUGGCACCGGAGCUUCACCCACCAUCAAGCAUUGUGAUAUCAGUGACUGUGAAAACGUUGGACUAUAUGUGACUGAUUAUGCUCAAGGAACCUACGAAGACAAUGAAAUAUCAAGAAAUGCUCUUGCUGGUAUUUGGGUUAAAAAUUAUGCGAACCCUAUUAUGAGGCGCAAUCACAUACAUCAUGGAAGGGAUGUUGGUAUAUUCACAUUUGACAAUGGUUUGGGGUUUUUUGAAGCAAAUGAUAUCCACAACAACAGGAUAGCAGGGUUUGAAGUGAAGGCUCAAGCAAAUCCAACAGUGGUUCAUUGUGAGAUUCAUCAUGGACAAACAGGUGGUAUAUAUGUGCAUGAAAACGGUCUCGGGCAGUUCAUUGACAACCGCAUCCAUUCAAACAACUUUGCUGGUGUGUGGAUCACUUCAAACAGUAAUCCCACUAUCCGACGCAAUGAAAUAUACAACGGCCAUCAAGGUGGUGUGUACAUAUUUGGUGAAGGAAGAGGACUAGUUGAACACAAUAAUAUAUAUGGUAAUGCGUUAGCUGGUAUUCAAAUUCGCACCAAUAGUGAUCCGAUUGUUAGGCACAAUAAAAUUCAUCACGGACAACAUGGGGGGAUCUAUGUGCAUGAAAAGGGGCAAGGGUUGAUAGAAGAAAAUGAAGUCUACGCAAACACUUUGGCUGGAGUAUGGAUCACAACAGGGUCAACACCAGUGCUUAGGCGGAAUCGAAUACAUUCUGGUAAACAAGUUGGUGUGUACUUCUAUGACAAUGGCCAUGGGAAGUUGGAGGACAAUGACAUAUUCAACCACCUAUAUUCAGGUGUCCAAAUUAGAACUGGAAGCAAUCCAAUCAUCAGAGGCAACAAGAUAUGGGGAGGACAGAAUGGUGGAGUGCUGGUCUACAAUGGAGGACUGGGCUUGUUGGAACAGAACGAGAUAUUUGACAAUGCCAUGGCAGGAGUCUGGAUAAAGACUGACUCAAACCCAACGCUCAAGAGAAAUAAGAUAUUUGAUGGGCGAGAUGGUGGAAUCUGUAUUUUUAAUGGAGGAAAGGGAGUCCUGGAAGAAAACGAUAUUUUCCGUAAUGCUCAAGCUGGUGUUCUUAUUUCCACUCAAAGCCAUCCCAUUUUGAGAAGAAAUCGUAUAUUUGAUGGAUUAGCUGCUGGAGUUGAAAUCACAAAUAAUGCAACAGCAACGCUUGAAGAUAAUCAGAUAUUCAACAACCGUUUCGGAGGGCUUUGUCUAGCAAGUGGUGUGCAGCCCAUCACAAGACUUAACAAAAUAUUUAGUAAUCAAGAUGCUGUGGAAAAAGCUGUCAGAAAUGGCCAAUGUUUGUACAAAAUAUCAAGUUACACUUCAUUUCCUAUGCACGACUUCUACCGCUGCCAGACCUGCAAUACUACAGACCGCAAUGCCAUCUGUGUAAACUGCAUCAAAACUUGCCACGCGGGACAUGAUGUAGAGUUCAUCAGGCACGACAGAUUCUUCUGUGACUGUGGAGCCGGGACCCUCAGUAACCAGUGUCAGUUGCAAGGAGAGCCUACACAGGACACAGACACACUGUAUGACUCUGCUGCUCCCAUGGAGUCUCACACACUCAUGGUCAACUAGACUCUCUCACCACUCACCCCUUUUAUUUAUACUAUUGUACAUUUCUGAUGCCACAAAGUGGAUACAAAGCACAACAUUGUAGUAGAUCAAUAAUCCCCGAAUCCUCAUUUGUCACCUUUGUAUUUUUUUAUCGUAUAGAUUUAUACAGAGGGUUGACUCUUGAAUGUCAGAAUGGCAUGACCCUUGUUAUACUAAAUGAUCAUUAUCCACUGCGGCGUUUAUGUAAAUACGAUAAUCUCGUACCGUCAUAUUUAAUUAAAAUGUUAAGUUGUGUUUGUAUGUGUAUAUUUAGAUUGUAUUAAACUUGUAUUAUAUGUAUUUCGAUGUACUGGCACAAACAUUUCUGAAAUCGGUGUGCCAACAAACCUUUUUCUAUUGAGGGCCUAUCUACUAACAAGGGCUACGCAAGUGCCAUAAAUUGUAUUUCUAUCAUGGAGUUAGGUUCAACUAUAAAAUUUGUGAAGAUUUUAUCAAAAUAAGUUGUAGAUAUCAUGGCGGAGGCUUUUAAAUAACCCAUUUCAUUCAAAGAUCAACUAUUCUUUAAAUUACGUUUCCCUAAAUAUUGUCUUUCUUUAGUUAGUAGUUUAAGCAUCACAAAAUCAAGUUAACAAUAUUUUGUUUCAUGAAAGAUCCUGAUCCUGGUGGAUUUGAAGAUUAUUUUUUUUUUCUUUUUAGUUGUGAGUUUGGGUGUGCAUGUUUUAUUGUUAUUUAUUUGUUAAACAAAUAAAAUAUGUUGACUUUAGUAAUCAAAUUACAUAUGUAUUCCAUUUUUUAUUUAUUUCAAAUGAAAUUUUCAUCUGAAAUCCACCUCUUUACUUCUUUUGUUUAAGAUACUGUAGCUCAGAGAGAAAGUACUAAUUAUAUUUUAUUUGUAAUAUUAAUUAACUAUUUUUUUGUUGGCAGGGAGGGACAUAGUGUGAUUAUUAAUUCAUUCUGUUGAGUGGUUGUGAUAGUUUGAUCUAUCGGUUAAGCAACCAACAGUUAGAAAGUUUAUUUUUUUCUAUGGGUAAUACCACAAGUGUUGCUGUCUAUUUUUGUUCUAUAAAUUAUUAUUGACAGCUGAACAACCCACUGGUAUAUAGCUAUAUAGCAAAGUUAAUUUUAUUAUUAGAGAAGACAUUAUAAACUUUAAAAGUGGUCAGGUGGUCCUUAACACCUGACUGACUUACUAUUGUGUGUCAAUUUUUACUUGCCGUUAAACUGAAACUAUCUGAAUCACCGAUAAUCCAAAUCGCUUGUAGAAAGAAUUAAAAAAAAAAACAAAACAUAAAAAGUUAUUGUGGCAAAAUCCCUUUCUCACAGUUGUUUUUCAUCGUCAUCGGCAAAAUCUUGCACACCUUCUGCAGUGUUAUAGAAAUCAUCAUUGUCUUCUGUAAACGCAGCAAAAUAUAAAAUAUAUUCCGUGGCCAUGUAUCAUCGUCUCCUGCAGUCAUAGAAACUCAUAAUCGUGUUCCGCGAUCACAGGAAAUAUUGCACAUCUUCUGCUGUCUUGUAGACAUCAUAAUCGUCUCCCGCGGUCAUAGAGACAACGUCAUCUUUAUCCGCGAUUGCAGGAAAAUCUUGAAUAUCUUUCUAGGUCUUUGUCUCACGCGGUCACGUAAAAUCAUAAUUGGCAUCCUCAAUCGGAGCACAAGCUAAAAUCUUUUGAUCACAAAAUCUUUGUAGAUGCGUUCUGCGAUCGUAAUAGUUAAAGGUCGGCAAACUCUGUGAAAUGCCCUGAAUUUCGGUAAUAAUCCAACUAAACUAACCAAAUUUUUGUUUGUCCAAAUGUGUUACAGUCCCAAUUGAUUUGGAUGAUUGGAGUUCUCCUGUAACGGGGUUUACAUUAUACUCAGGCAGUAGGAGGUAUACUUUAGGCAUUCAAAGUGAACAUGUUAUAUAAGGCCUAUAAUCAUUAUUAUCAAUUGAGAUGUGGACGAACUAGGUGCAUAUUUUAUCCCAAAUAUGAGUGGUGAAUGAUGAGUGUAGAAUAGUGAGAGAUGAUCUGUGUAGCUUUGUUACUGACUAAGAUCAGCUUUUUCAACAGCCAAGAUUAUUUAUUUAAAGUCCAAUGAUCAGGGACCGCUGGGUCCAGUUUAGAACCUUAAAAAAGCUACUGACUUCUCGGAUUAAACCAAAACAUAGAUCAAACUUACUCCCUUGUAGUAGAUUUGGUCAUCCUUAAGAAUCAGCUGAAGACACUUUUAUUAUUAGUUCCGUCCAGUGCCAAUAGGAUUGUGUUCUUGUUUAUUAUUUGCAAUUUUUUGUAAAAUGUUUGUUUACAAUUUUUCUUGUCUUUGUUAAAUUUCAGCUACCGGUACUUAAAAAUGUCAUUUAGCUAAAUACUCUGCACCUGCAGACUAAGUGAAUUUCAAUUUGCCUGAUUUGUUUUCCAAUAAAUCUAUUUAAAUAACAUUAGGUUUAACAAGUACCUAGGUUUGCUGCUACAGUGACAGUAAUAAAGUGUUUCUUGGUGAAAUAUUAAUAGCUUAGUAUAAAAUAAAUAAGUUUGCUAAGUUUGAUCAAAAUGUACCCUUACAAUUUUCCAUAAAAAUAAUAUGGCAAUUAUAAAUGUAAUUUUUUUUUCAAAAAUCACUAAAUUAACCCUGAAAUAUUAUAAGCAUAUUUUCACCGAUACUAGUGACCAGUGUCACCAAUAUGUACUAGACAUGAAUAACAGGCUUCAGUUUUUUACAAUGGUAUGACAAGUCUACUGUGUUGGUUAGUUUGAUUUGAGAAAUAUAAUUGUAAACAAAUUUUAAAUUGUCAACUAACAGAUGAAAUAUUUUAUAUUCUCCUACAAGCAUAUAAUAGGCAAAACUAAAUUUUUUUCUACAGUUACCUGACAAAGCAGGCUUCCUUGCACUGAUUAUAAUAUGUGUGUGCUUGAAAUUAAGUUGGUAACACUUAGAAGAUACUACGACUACGAUCAGCUGCUGCAGGGUUUCACAGCCUUUGAGUAUUGAUUCUACAAAUUAACCUGUUGUUUCAUGUUAACAUUCUAUUUUCGUUCAAUGCUUAGAUUUAACCUAACCUAAAUGUGUUGUUUAGUGUUUGAAAGACUAAUUACUUAUAUUCUUUAUAGUAACUGUAGGAAAAAUAUAGUACCGAAAUUACUACUACCUUACUAUUGCAUAGUAAACAUUCUGUUUGCGUAAUGUAAUGAUGAAUUUUCAUAGGUAAUGAACAUAUAUAACAAAAACAGGUAUCACAGUAGUGUAGCGAAAAAUAUAUAUCUGAUCACUCAGAAAGUGCAUCAGAACAAAGGACAGCUUUAAAAUGUUCAAAUAUCAGGUCUUAAACUCAAUUUAUAAUUAUUUUUCAUUGUUUCUAACUUAUCCAAUUAAACAAACAAAAAUACAUAAAGCUUGUCAGUGUCUCAUUGGCAAUUUUAAUUUUGCAUUUGGGGAAUAAUGCUACUUUUACCAAGGGAGUUCCUACGUCAGCCAAGUCAGAUUUUUAAACUUACAAGGUUCUGAUUAUUUUAAAUAUUGCUUAUUAUAGAAUAUUCUUAAUACAUACUUCAUUUCAUUCCUUCCAUUAGUUGAUUUCAAUUAAAUACAGUAUAUACAACUCAUUUAGAACCACUAAAUAAUUCAUAUACAUAGUUGGUUUAGUUAAUCGUCUAAUUAAAAAUAUAAUUUUCUGGUAUGCAAAUAUUUUGAAACAGCAAAAUGAAUCAUUUUUAUUGAUGACUUCUUUGCUUUUAUUUCUGGUUUAAGGUCAACUACAGUUUUUUAUAGUGAUGUUUAGCAGUGAGGACAACAUUGAUUAGUUUCCAUUGAACAACAUCCCCGUAUGGAAUGUCAGCAACAUUAAACUGCAUGUAUUAUUAGUCAAAUCUUGCAAUUUUUUUAUGAAGUUAGGUAAUCUGAUUACCAAUAACUGAAAAAUGUUUCUUUCUUGCUACAGUUAGGUUUCAUUGCUUCCAAUUUUGUAGUUAUUAUAACUCCAUGGUGAUCCUUUGUGCAUUGUAAAUCAAUUUGUAGGUUAGAUAUAGUUAAGGAAACCUUUACUAUCAAAACAUAGCAUGUAUGGCAAAAUUUCCUUCUUUGAACAUGUAAGAUAUAUAAUAUAUCCCAGCGGUGUGGAUAGUGCCCGAGUACUUUACAAACUUGUAAAUUAAUUAUUGUUUCCAGCGAUUUUUGUUAUCAAUUUUGUUAAUUUUUCAGAAUAAUUGUGUAUUGUAAAUUAAUUUUAUUCUUUUGAUCUGUACAUUGUGAAAGUUUUAAGAAUAACACAGUUUAGAAUAUUGGCAUAAUAAAUUGAAUUAAUCUUAA